UAACUUCUUCACCUUCCUACACCUUACGAUAUCUUUCCCAACAUAUUAUUUAUUUCAUUACAAUUCCUAUAUUAUUCCUAAGGUUUCUUUGAUAGAAACAAUAUUUCUCUCUAUCAAGAGAGAACCCAUCACCAUGUGUUCCGCAGACUUAUUCCUCGGCCUGAUAGCCAUUCUCUUCCCUCCUCUACCUGUCUGGGUUAGACGCGGCCUCUGUUCCGCCGACUCUAUCAUUAACAUCCUACUCUGCGUGCUAGGCUACAUCCCCGGCCUCAUCCACUCCUGGUACAUAAUCUCCAAGUUCCCCGAAGCCUACGAGUACGACCCGACCCCAGAAGACCGCGAAGGUGGCGGCCGCGUCACCUACGUAUUCGUCCAACAGCCCGAAUCCCAACCGCGACCCAAGCCCUCCAACAACUCCUCGCAGCCGAACUACGGCACCAACGGCGGUGCAUCUUCCGUCGCCGGUCCCGCGAACGGAGAAGGAAGCCAUGGUGGUCCCGCACCCCCGACCUACGCCGAGGCUGUGAAAGGCGACAACAAGGUUCAGACCCAAGACUAGGCGUCAUUUACUCCCUUCGAUACGCCUUCGAGGCGCUCGCGGUCCCGAAUAUUCCGGCAAUCGUCGCUUGGUUUGUUCGUACGAGACUUUCGGCUACCAAGGAGUUUACCCGGGCUAGGGUAUAUAUGGAGGGGCUAGGUAGAUGUAGGUAUCACCUAUCACGACUCUGGUGUGAAUAGGACGAUUAUCAGGAGUUAUGGGGGUCAAAUUUGGUUCGGACAAACGUAUUUCAUUUUACUCUCAUCAUCGAUCGGUUUGAUUCACGGCAGCAAGUAUCAUUGAUUUUUCUCAGGACGGCAUGUAACACUAUCACUGUAAAAAGGUCGUGAAGACAAGGCUAGGCAAUACGUUUUCUCUUUUUGAUAGAAGCACGAUCAUUCCCAUUUACAACUUCUGUUAGUAAUAGCUGAUGACAUUCUUAUGUCCACACCUCCUUCGUGACGUUCUUACCGUCGCUUUCGU